AUGAACCAUCUCCUAUUCAUCCUUUUUCCCGGAAGUUGGCCGAACUACGAUGUCGACGAAUUGGGGAUGGACGUUGGGAACGCGAUGUUAGCUCGCGCCUCGGCUUCGAAAGUACGCAUGCGAAGAGGAUUCGACAUCUCUUUUCCCCUCGUAACUUCGAAUUAUCCCGAGGCUGGCCAACCACCACGCUACCCACCCACAGAAGAUGGCCGUAUCAGGCUUAAUCUGCUCACCAGUUUCAAGGGAAAGCGAUAUGUGGUUGGCAUAGGAUCAGAGACGCGAAAUGCCCUCUACCAUAUCCACAAUGGGAAAGACAUAAUUAUGGCUACGACUUGUAAACACUUACAGAAUUGGAACCUCUAUGCCGACACUCGUUGUGCAUCCGACAAUGUCUACUAUGAGACGUAUGUUCUAGUAGCUUUGACUAAGCACAACAUUUUAAGCAGAUAG